UUCUCCUCCUCCCCCCUUUCCUUUCCCUUUCUUUUUCAUUUGGAGUCGUAGCCCGCCCACGGCGUUUCCGUCACCAUGAGCGGCUUCCGGUUUCUCAAUCUAGUCAGGCCCUUCUUGCCCAUUCUUCCAGAGGUUUCUUCUCCAGAUCGCAAGGUUCCAUUCAACCAAAAGGUGCUAUGGACGGCCGUGACGCUGUUGAUUUUCCUUGUCUGUUCGCAAGUGCCUCUGUAUGGAAUCAUGUCGUCCGACUCGUCCGACCCGCUCUACUGGAUGCGUGUCAUCCUCGCCUCCAACCGCGGAACCCUCAUGGAACUCGGUAUCACACCAAUCGUCACUAGUGGAAUGAUCAUGCAGCUCCUCGCCGGUGCCAACCUCGUCGACGUCGAUUUCGGUCUCAAGGACGACAGGGUCCUCUUCAGCGGUGCUCAGAAACUGUUCGCGUUGAUCAUCGCGCUCGGCCAGGCCACCGUCUACGUGCUCACCGGUCUCUACGGUCCCCCCAAGGAACUCGGCGCCGGCGUCUGCCUCCUGCUCAUCAUCCAGCUCAUCGUCGCCGCCCUCAUCGUCAUCCUCCUCGACGAGCUCCUCCAAAAAGGCUACGGUCUCGGCUCCGGCAUCAACCUCUUCAUCGCGACCAACAUUUGCGAAUCGAUCGUCUGGAAGGCGUUCAGCCCCACCACCGUCAAUAUUGGACGUGGCGCCGAGUUUGAGGGUGCCCUCGUCGCGCUCUUCCACUUGUUGUUCACUUGGAACGAUAAGGGCCGUGCGUUGCGUGAGGCGUUCUGGCGCGAGAGGUUGCCCAAUGUUAUGAACUUGUUCUCGACGGCUGUUAUCUUUGCUAUCGUCAUCUACCUCCAGGGCUUCCGCAUUGAGAUCCCCGUCAAGUCCAACAGGUUCCGUGGCCAGCGUGGCACCUACCCCGUCAAGCUCUUCUACACCAGCAACAUGCCCAUCAUGCUCCAGAGCGCCCUGACCAGCAACGUCUUCAUCGUCAGCCAAAUGCUCGCCACGCGCUUCCCGAAGAACCUCUUGGUGCGCUUGUUGGGCGUCUGGGAGCCCAUGGAGGAUUCCCCUCAGCUGCGCGCGACGUCUGGUAUCGCGUACUACAUGUCCCCUCCGCACACGAUCAAGGAGGCGAUUCUGGACCCUAUCCAUACGGCUGUGUAUAUCUCGUUCAUGCUUAGUGCUUGUGCGUUGUUCUCGAAGACGUGGAUUGAGGUUUCGGGGAGUGGGCCUAGGGAUGUUGCGAAGCAGUUGAAGGAUCAGCAGAUGGUUAUGGCUGGGCAUCGGGAGGGGUCUAUGUAUAAAGAGUUGAAGAGGGUUAUUCCUACUGCUGCUGCGUUUGGUGGUGCUAUUCUUGGUCUCCUUUCUGUCGCUGCUGAUUUGAGCGGUGCUAUUGGCAGUGGAACGGGUAUUUUGAUGGCUGUUACUAUUAUUUAUAGCUACUGGGAGAUUGGUAUGCGCGAGAGUGGUGGACCUGAAGUUGCGGCGUUGUCUGAGCUCAUGUAAAAAAAAGUGAUGCAUACGGGA